AUGGUCCCUAUUCCAGUCUGGGAGCGCCCCGAAGUCAAGACCUACGACCCCGAGGCCAAGACGGACGGACCUUUGCCGACUGAGCUGCCUGAGACGGCACAGUCGUCGACCAACGUCAGCGGGCGGUGGUGGAAGACCGAGCACAAAGCGACUACGAGGGUGCAGUCGGGCAAGAAGGCGCCGCAGCAGCUGGAUAAGGCGUGGAAGCAGCGCGAGGAGCGGAGGAAGCGCGAUGAGGCGAUCAAGAAGCUCGAGCGGGAACUGAAACAGGAGAAGGAAGACGAGGCGGACCGGAAGAAGCGCAUCAACCUCGAGCGCCGCGAGAAGGAGGCCGAGAAGAAGCGGCUGGCAGAGAUGGCUGCGAGGAUGAGCGCGAAGAAGCUUCAGCGGAUGAAGAAGCGUCUCGGCCGCAGCAAGAAGGUUAGCGGCUGA